CUGAUUCCAGAGGCGCUGAACCUGGCCCAUGCGAUCGUUUCCGAGUUGGAUUUGGGGGCGAACAGCUGGAUCCUGGCCGCCGAAGAUGUCAACGGUCUCGCCGCGCGCGCCGUCAACUCGGACCUGGUUAUCACCAUCGGCGGCGACGGCACCAUAUUGCGCGUGAACCGGGCUAUCGCACCCCUGGGCAUUCCCCUGGUCGGGGUGAACAUGGGCCGGUUGGGUUUCAUGACUGAGCUCACCGUGCCGGGCGUGAUGGAUGAAUUACCGCAGUAUUUCAAGGGCGGAAUGCGCGUAUCCGAACACAGUAUGUUGAUGGCAUCGUCGUUCCGACGCGAUCCGGACGGAGCCGAACCGAUCCAGCACGGCCCGUAUCACGCGUUGAACGACGUGGUGCUCACGCGAGGACAGGUUUCCCGGGUCAUUACGGUGCGGGUGGUAAUUGACGGAGCGGACGUGUCCACCUUCCGGGCCGACGGAGUGAUUCUCGCCACCGCCACCGGCAGCACGGGCUACAGUUUCGCGGCCGGCGGCCCCAUCGUUGAUCCCCUGUCCGAUGACGUAGUGCUCACGCCGCUGGCGUCUCAUGUUGGCCUGACCGCUCCCUUGGUGCUGCGACCCACCAGCAGUGUUGAUUUCCACCUGGAAGGUUCCCAGGGAGCGAUUUUGAGCGUGGAUGGGUUCGAGAACCAUCCCAUCGAACCGGGUGAUUGGGUACGCAUCACUCGUAGCCCACACCGGGCCCGGUUCCUCCGCGCCCACGAGCAUAAUUACUUCUGGGCCACGCUGACCCAACGCCUGGGGUUCAGCCUGCAGAGACGGUAA